UAGUACGGAAUUAAUAAACGAGAGAACCGCUUUGGUAUUUCAAAAAUAAAUGACCACAGGUCAGUUAUUUAUGGGCAACCGUGCGAGAUCGCGUUCUUUACAUUAUAAUUGAUAUUUUUUCGUGUACUCUGAAUCAAAUAAAUCAUGUGUAUACUUUUUCAAGUGAUAACACACUCGUGCCCGUGUAAACUGUGAACCCAGUUGUUUUGGGAAAAUAAUAUAAUAACACAUCCCGUUUUAGUCUUACGACGACGUGCCUAAAACGCCACACCAACGGUUCUUUGCACACGGGACGAAAAUAUGUGGUCGAAAAUCGUGGCCGUGUCCUGUCUGGUUUUUUGCGCCAUAGUCGACGUCCAAGGUGCGUCUGGACCAGCAACUAGAGAAGUGACUCAUGAGGAUAUUCGAAAUGCAAUUUUUACUUUGGUACACAUGUUUCGGGACAACAUGGCCAAGUUGGAAAGGCAUGAGUACCGCGAGAGGGAGUUGGGAGAACAGUUGAAGAACGUUUUGGCUACAAUUGAAACCCGGCAAAAGGAAGCCGACUCCGCUGACAAAACUCUGGAUACGGUUAUGAGUGGAUUAAUGCCCAGUAUCGAGCUACUAAAAAAAGCGGCUGUCGAAGAUGUCGCUAACCAAGCCAACUCUAAAGUUAUAUUUGACAGCAUUGAUGAGCAUGUCGUAUCAGGUGCAUCAGAACUCAAGACAAUUUUAGAAAUGGAACAAAAAACAUCAGGAGAUAUUUACAAAGCGUUUGACAAUAAAUUGACAGUACUAUCUUCACAGAUCAGCGCUCUUCAGGCCCGUUUUGAUUCCGUAGAACAGGCACCUAAACCUGGAGUUACCAACGAAGUCUUAUAUGAGCUCUUGAAAAAGAUUGCGGACAGUAACUCUGUGGGCGGAUCCGAGUCGUCAAACAUCACGUCACAACUGAUGCAGCAGACUAAACACGAGCUAAUGGACGCCAUCGAAUCGGUUAGCACCAGGUUGGACGAGGCUGAGCGAAAGAGGGAUGCGGCUGCGAUCACAUUAACUCAAUCGGCCGAAUUUUCCAAAGCCUUCCAGGACGACGUGCAAAACAGUUUCCGAUUGAUGUCAGGUGAAGUAAAAGUGCUGUCAGACGUGGAACGAGUACUGGUACAAACGGCCGACAAUGUUUUGGAUACCAAGCGAAGGAUCGAAUACAGCACGCACCAGAUACUGUUAGAAUUGACGGAUGUGGUCAAUACAAGAACGAAGGAGAUCAACGAGACGAUCAACACGAGCGUGGAACGAGCCGUUAAAACCGUAUUGGACGCGCAGGCUGUGGGCAUGGCCAACUUGAGCUUGAAAAUUGAGACUGAAAUAAGUCAAGUAUGGAGACAAAUAGGUAUUAUGUACCAGACGUUGACAGCUUCAGCCGACACUCUGGCCACCCUCCAGAAACAGACCGACACGUUUGUCAACAGUACCUUAGAGUCAGUGGACGGCGUCAAUAACAAAGUGUCGGCUAUAGCAGGUCGUAUGUCUGAGGUGGAUGAGAAUCUCAACUACUUACUGGGCAGACUGUCGCUGGUCACUCAAGAAUUUAAGGAGAUAAAAAUCGGCUUAGGAGAAGCCCUGGAAAGUAUGAGAAUCGGCUUACAAACGGUACAGGGCAACAAUACAAUGCCGGCAGUUGAUCAAGGACCCGGUCCUAAUCCUAUUGACGAAGAACCUUUGACAGACGCGAAUACAAUACUUUCCAAAACGGUCUAUACAGUGACAUAAUCUGUACCUUUGUUAAAAAACAUAAAUUGAAUUAAAUCUUAAAAUAUUAAACUAUGUAAUACGUUUUAGUAUUUUUUUCAGUUAA